GUCUAAACUAAUUUAUUUUUGCACUGAUUAGUAUUUGAGGUGAGUAACAUAUUCUCAUUAACUCGACAUGUCGGCCGGAUUCAAACGAACUGUCAAACUAAGUUCCUUUCUGGGGCGAGCAUUAAAUAUCGGUUUGUUUCAGGAGCCUCAGUUAAAUCCUGCAAUAACUGUCUUCACCGUAGCUGUUGCCUCUUUAAACGGGCUCUAUUGCUGUGUGUGUGUGUGUGUGUGUUGACGCUACUGCCUCUGUGUUCAGGCAGCUUGUUCGGAGUCCCACAAUAAUCGCUCACACACUCCCGGACUACUUGAGGUUGUCGUCAUGGUUGCUACGAGCACAUUGAAGAGCAAAGGCAGCGACUGCGUUUCGGAGCUGGUGGACAGAAGAUAUGACGAGGCUUCCAUUGAGAAAGAGCUGGACUACUGGGAUCACUGCUUGACUGAGCCCCAGAGGACUGCAGACGCCAUUGAGGACAGAACGUGUCACCAGCUGGCCAAAAUGUUUGAGAGCUGCCUGUCUCGGGCCAAAAAGACGACGCUGCACUGCUCCACUGUGCUGGUACCGGAGAAGCUAACCCGGAGGAUAGCCCGCGAAGUCCUGCGGCUGGCGUCCUGUGAGCCCUGUGGCCUGCGUGGGUGUGUUUUAUACGUCCACCUGGAGCUGGACAAGGGCUGCAAGCAGCUGGAACGCAUCGCGUACGAUGCAACAGUGGUGCCCACGUUUGAACUGACUCUGGUGUUCAAGCAAGAUGGCACCGCUUGGCCCAGCCUGCGAGACUUUCUUUUCAUGGGCUCCUGCUUUGCCCCGACAUUCCGGCAUGCCCUUAAACUGAGUCCGGGUUUCCGGCUUGUCAAGAAAAAACUGUACUCCUCCUCGGCUGGUACCGUGGUAGAGGAGUGCUGAACUCCAGUAGAGUUUACAGUUUAAUACGGGGUUUCCUGUGGGUUAAUGCACUUUAGUCCAAUUGUGAGUGCCACCCCAGUGGUGUCACAUUUUCUACUGUUUCUCUUGUUUCAGUUAAGCUAGUAGCCAGUGAGUAUAAAGUUAAGAUUACUUGUGAAAAGCUCAAUUGUUCUGGGUUUUUGCUUCAUUAGCUACUUCAUCUUUAUUUUUAAAUCGGCAUAAUUGUCAUUCUGAAUUUUUUUUUCUUCUUCCUACCAAAGAGCAUUUGUUGCUCAAGCACUAUUUUAAAAUGUAGUUCCUGCUAAUGAAUGUAAAACUGUUCACAUCAACAUUUGUGAGGACAUACUGUGGGUACACUUUUGUU